AUGUCCAGGAGCCGCAGCCUUCGCUCGUAUUCGGCUGCUGCUUGGUCUGCGGUACCGGGUGGUGAUGAGUGGAAGUCCAUUGUGAUUGCGCAUGGCGAAUGGAAAGGGGGCAUACGAGACAAGACAGACGGGAAUAACGAGAAAUCGCCUAGCCAACGCAGCAGCUGGGCCAUUUUGAGAUGUAGACUUCACUCCCAACAUUGCACAAAGGGUGUGGGAGGCAGGCUUUCAUACUAUGCCCAUCACGGCAUCACCACAUCCAAUAACGACCCUGUGUCUUAUCCGCCGGGACUCCAUGAGCAUCAUCAUCAACAGGAACAACAUUGCGAGGGAAUGGCACACAGCCAAGUAACAGACAUCAAGAUGGCGACUGGAAAACAAAGACUUCUUGUCACAAUGGAAACUGAGAUCGCGUCGCAGUGCUGCGCAUCGAUGUACCUUUCUGAGGAGCACUCUACCAAAACACCUCUCCCCUUACGAGCGGGAGGGAGGGUUGGGGGCCACACCGAUUCCUACGUUUACAGCCUUACUCUCGAGCGAACAAUGUAUCAGCCUUGGAAUUUCAAUUUACUACUCGCUUGCCUCAUCGAGACACAGUUAGCCCCCGAGCCUCCGAACAGGGAAGGAGGAAAAACUUCCAGAUCUCCAAAGCCGAAGCCAAAGCCUAUUCUAGUAUACAUACACAUAAAAACCUUCCCGAAGCAGAACCUCGCCGACGAAAAAUCAUCAGGACCAUCGAAAUCCCUGUGUUCAGUUUCACGCAUGCCACUCUUCUAUAGAAUGUCUAGAAAAUGCCCACGACAGCCUUGCGAAGAACACGGCUCGCACGGCAAAGAGAGCAACUCGGCAAUAAUAUCAAGCAGGGAGAGGGACCCGAUAUUGCGGAGCGGGCCCGAGGAGCAGGCACCGCAAUGCGAGGGAAACCAUCAUCAGGUCCAGACUCUAGAAUUUGCAGGGCCAGGGAUGUGA